AUUUCCAGUAUCACCUUCAAAACUACGUUCAUAGCUGCCUGUAAGAGCGGACGCCGUAAAAGCUGUGGCCGGUAUUUGCACGUACCGGGUGGACGGAUCUCGUGGCCAUCCACAUGGCUUCGACUCAUGCUAGCUAGCUAGCUUGCAAAGCCAUGCUAGCUAACAUUAGCUUCUCCGGGUUAAUAAAAAGUUAUUGUGAGUGUUCAACUGUCCGUAACAAUGCUUUGUGGCUACAACGACAUGCACGUUUCAAUGUGUCAACCACAACCCGCACGGUUCUCUUGGAAUAAGGAGAAACGGAUCAAAUGGGGCUUUAGCUAAGAUCUGCUCUUCUAUGCCCUUCGUGUAAUUGUCAUUGAGAUACGCGUGUAAUCGUGUCUGAUUGUGAAUUCCAGUGUGUUUUGUGUGUCAAGCGUUUCAUGGUUCAAGAGCUAAUUCUACAGCUACUAGUUAGAUAUGCAAGUAAAAUAUUAAUGGGUUUACAUAAGCGCAGCAUUAUCAGACAGAUAUUAAAAGACAAUUCCAGUGAUAUAAGUAUCAUUUUCUUCUGAAAAAUAAUAAAUUAAUUAUCUAAUUUAUAAGACCAUAUAUAAUUUAUUACUCCUUGCUUGUUCCCCAUUUGUACUGUUGUGUAGCGUGCAAAAACGUGCAAUACAUAUUAUUAAGAGUUUAGAAUUACUCCCACUGACCCACUCCUUCACUGAAAUGUUUUGAAUUUAAAAGACCUUUGCUAUUUCAGAAUAUUGUGAAUAAUGUUCAAAGCGGAAACACAAUUGCUUCCACGCUCCAUACAAGGGUUUUUCAUUCUGGAGUCUCAAUAUGAUUUUAGUGUUUGGAAGUUUACUGUACAUUAAGGAAUCAAUGUAUUUCUCUUCAUCUUUAUCCAAUUCUCAAAAAGGUUGGUGUCAUUGGAAAGCUUGCUAAACACAGAAAUGGACAACAUAUAACAAUGGUGAACUGAUGAAAUUAAAAUAAUUAUAGAUUACCAAGGGCCCAUGUUUACAAAAUCAUUGUCAAGAGCCAAACAGAAUUUGCAGAUGGCUGUCAGGUGAUGUGUGGUUGAAUUUGGCACUCAAACAUGUACAGAGAGAAAAUAACAAUCAAGAAUAAACAAACACUCCAUAAGUUGUUAAAAUACAUAGGACGGAGCACAGUUAAAACACUUUUGUCGUUGGUAAAUUUCAUGAAAUUAGCAUUGAAUGAAAGCGACGGAAAAUCUGUUUGUGUGUAUGGCCAGAGUAACAUCACCCACCCAUCAUUUGGCCAGCGGCAGGUCCAAAAAAUGUGUUUGCCGAUUGACCCGAAGGCAGUGAAACACGGAAAACAGCGGUUCGACCGCUCCUCAAAUUGCAUGUUGAAGUGUGGCUCGUUGCGUGACCACUUGCGACAGCCAGUGAGCGGCAGACACACGCAUCCCUAUACUAGUAGCAUAAUAUUCCAUCAUUUACAUGAUGAUGUCACAAGUGAGGGGUGGGGAGCACAUAUUGUUCAAAAGUAAGCCAACUUUCCCAAGCGAAUGAUCAUCCUGUGUAAUUCAGCAGAUCCUUUCCAUAGUGGCCAAUGAACCACAAACUCUGGUUGCGUUAAACCACAAAUGUCUGUACAAGCUUCACAGUAUGGGCAGUGUGCUGGCUGCCGCCUCCCCCGCUCCCGCCCCGGCCGCGGCUGGAGGAGGCCAGGGGGUCCCGGGGUUGGUUUCGGUGCCUCCCGGUUUCACCAUGCCCUCCGUGUCCUCCGUUCCGCCGUCGUCUGAGGUGCAGAUCACCGACGUGGAGCAGUCGUCGCCGCUGCCCAACCCGGGCACUUACGAGGAGUGCCACCGCAAAUGUAAAGAGGUGUUCCCUAUACAGAUGGAAGGCGUGCGGUUAGUUGUGAACAAAGGCUUGAGUAACCACUUCCAGGUGAGCCACACCAUCACCCUCAGCACCCUGGGCGACUCUGGCUAUCGAUUUGGCUCCACGUAUGUCGGCAGCAAACAGACCGGACCGGCCGAGUCGUUCCCGGUCAUGGUGGGAGACAUGGACAACACGGGGAGCCUCAACGCCCAAAUCAUCCACCAGCUCACCACUGCCGUCCGCUCUAAAAUAGCCCUCCAGACUCAGCAGCAUAAGUUUGUGAACUGGCAGUGUGACCUGGAGUACCGCGGCGCCGACUUCACUUCCGCCCUGACGCUAGGAAACCCUGACGUCCUCGUAGGCUCCGGCAUCGUUGUGGCCCACUAUCUUCAGUCCAUAACACCUGCACUUGCUCUCGGGGGUGAGCUCGUAUACCACCGGAGACCAGGCGAGGAGGGAACGGUCACCUCCCUCCUGGGCAGGUACACAGGCAACAACUGCAUGGCCACGGUGACUGUGGGAGGAGCAGGAUGCCACGCUACGUACUAUCAUAAAGCCAACGAUCAGUUGCAGGUAGGUGUAGAGUUUGAAGCCAGCACGCAGAUGAAAGAGACCACGACAUCUUUGGGUUACCAGCUAGAUGUGCCCAAAGCCAACUUGCUCUUUAAAGGCACUGUGGACAGCAACUGGGUGGUGGGCGCCACGCUAGAGAAGAAGCUGCCGCCCCUGCCGCUCACCGUGGCGCUGGGAGCCUUCCUCAACCACCGCAAGAACAAGUUCCAGUGCGGCUUCAGCGUCGUCAUCGGCUAGACGGCCCCCGAGCCGGAACCGCCGCCGCCCCUCAGGACUCAGCUCGCGGGCCUCAGCUCAGACCGGCACGGAGACACACACACACACAGGAACCCGGACUGAGUUUUUCCCAACAUUAUAUUCAGAGACGCUCUUUUACUACAGUGAUUUCUGGGGGAAGACGCCAGCGACAAGACGGACGGAGAAGACCACUGAGGAGCCGGGUCUGGCCGAGUUGCGUCUGUCUACAUGGUGUAGCGCACUUGUCUUUACUUUUGAAGGAACGCUGACGAGAGGGAGUGACGUGGAUGUCACGUGAAAAUCAAACCGAGUCUGUGCUUAGACGUAAUAUAUGGUGAUCAUGUGUGAUGGACGCUAAUAAAUGUCAUUACUUUUUCUAACGA